UUGACCUGAUAACUUGACAUUACAUUUCUGUCGAGUGAAAGUCUUUCAAAACUCUGUAACAUAAUACCAGAUACCCAAGCAACCAUGUCUACACCGUUCCCAGUCCUGGUACACCCCUUCAAAUCGCCCGUACCGAGGCAAUGUGCAUACGAAUCGGGCUCAUCUACAGCCAAGAACGCCCUGAUUUGCAUCGGUGGCCUUGGUGAUGGUCCGCACACUCUCAGAUAUGUGCGGACGAUUUCACAACGGCUAGAAAGGGAAACUGCCUUGAAUUACUCGGUAUUUGAAGUUCGCCUGUCCAGCGCCUUCGACGGCUUCGGAACCAAACGUCUCAGCGAUGACGUAGCUGAGAUCUCUGCCCUUGUUCAAUAUCUUCGUGGCAUUGGCAGGGAAAAAAUUGUUCUGAUGGGACAUUCUACGGGGACGCAGGACUGCAUGGAGUACACCAACUACGGCAAGCAUAACAGUGCCCCUGUGGAUGGCUUCAUAAUGCAGGGCACCGUUUCCGACAGGGAAGCGUUCGGUCCAUUGAUCGCCAAGAAGCAGCUUGACCAAAUUAUUUCCCAGGCUUCGGAGCUUAUUCGGGCUGGUAAAGAAAAUGAAAUGAUGCCGCGAGACAACCCAGUAUCUGAGGUUUUUGGAGCUCCACUCACGGCAUAUCGACUUCAUUCGCUUUUAAGCCCCGGUGGCGACGACGACUUCUUCUCAUCAGACCUCACAGACGACAAGAUCACCUCAUUCUGGGCCAACUUCCGGAAGCCUGCACUGGUACUGCCAUCCGGCGAAGACGAGCAUGUACCCAAAUCCAUUGAUAUAGAGGCUCUCCUUGGCCGUUGGAAGAAGCUAGCUCCAGCCGGAGUGAUCAGUGAGCUAUCUGGGCUGAUACCAGGUGCCUCUCACACCGUCAGAGACCCUGAUGCGCAAGAAUGGAUGUGUGACAGGAUUGUCCAAUUCCUCCGCAAUCUUGAAAGCGGUCAUGAAGUCAAACUUUGAGCAAUUGUUGGCAAUUUAUUGGUUCUUCUUGUUGGCUUGGGUGCGGUCCGUUCGAUCUGCCAGAUCAAGGGCCCAACAUAUCUUCCUAAUAGAUGCGCCAAGGAUAACUUCGUGAUUACGAGCUGUCAGCCUUUGCUAUGAGCAAAUGAAAAUAAUGAUGCAUUAAAUGCUUACCC